UCCUUUCCCACAGAUUGCAGGGAUGCAGUAACUAACUGACUCACUGCCUCUCUCGCAGCCAUACGGGGAGUAGCUCACCUCUGCUGGGGAUUCUUCCCUCUAAGGUCUUUGAGAUAUCUGGGUUUUGUAUUCUAAAACUAGAUCGUGUGUUAUUUUCGACCUCAUUAAAAAUGUUUCCUUUAGAAACCCAGCAAAACCCCAAACAGAAUCCAAAUAUAAAUCAAUGCAAAUGCAAUUUGCACCGACCCUCCCCUGUGCCUGAGGGCCUGAAAAAAUUCAUUGAUUCCCUGCCGUAAUUUAUCAGGGAAGCAAGAACACCCAGCCUCCCUCCCAAGCACCAGCCCUGCAUCGAAUUGCUCAGCGGAGUGGGGCUGGGGCUGCACCGUGGGCAUUGUGAGUUGUGCCCGUUUGUGAUGCGGGGUCUGGAACAUUUCAUGGUGCUGCCAGAAGAUCGCUGCCCCCCAGCAGCACCCGUCCUGCACGCGAUGUCACACGCGGUGGCGGCGGGGACCCCCGCUGUGAUCUUUGACAAUGGCUCUGGGCAGUGCAAGGCUGGGCUGUCGGGGGAGCUGGCACCUCGCUCGGUUAUCUCUACUGUUGUGGGGUACCCCAAGUUCAGGUUCGUCAUGUUUGGAGCCCGUCACAGGGAGUGGUACGUCGGAGAAGAAGCCCAGUCCAAACGGGGCAUUUUGUCUUUGAAUUACCCGAUGGAAAAGGGGCUCAUUACAUCCUGGGACAACAUGGAGAAGAUCUGGAGAUACCUGUACGAGCAUGAACUCAGGCUGAAACCCAGUGAGAGGCCAGCACUGCUGACCGAGACCCCUCUCAAUCCUUUGUCCCACCGGGAAAAAAUGGCAGAGCUGAUGUUUGAAAGCUUCCGCGUGCCGGCCCUCUUCGUGACGCUGCAGGCGCUGGCGGUCCUGUACGCAGGUGCCCGCACAACCGGGCUGGUGCUGGACAGUGGGGACGGCGUCACUACCACGGUCCCUGUCUACAAAGGCAAGUACCUGAUGCAGGGCAUAACCAGGGUGGAUUUUGCUGGCAGAGAUGUAACCAAGUACCUCGCCAGGCUCCUCCUGGAGACCGGGCACUCAUUCAUGAGCGCAACAGAGAGAGAGAUCGUCAGGGAUAUAAAGGAGAAGCUGUGCUAUGUUGCUCUAGAUCCUAGACAAAAAAUGCAGGAAAAGUCUGAAAAUCUUACAUGUGAGUACAUUCUUCCUGACGGAAGGUCUGUCAAAGUAGGAGACCAGCUUUUCCGAGCUCCUGAAGCACUUUUUGUGCCCAGAGAGGUAGAAGUCCAAGGGCCGGGGGUUGUGGGGAUGGUCCUCCGGAGCCUCGCCAAAUGUAGCAGCCGUAUCCAGCUGGACAUCCUGAGGAACGUGGUGCUCUCGGGAGGAUCAACUCUGUUCCGAGGCUUCAAGGAGAGGCUUCUGAAGGAUCUUCAGGCAAUCCCCAGCACAACCCCUGUCAAGAUCUUCUCGCCGAAAGAUCGGAUGUACUCCGUGUGGACCGGCGCGUCGCUGCUCUCCAGCCUGACAGCGUUUAGGAAUAUGUGGAUCACCAGGGAGGACUAUUACGAAGUCGGGCCAGCAGUACUCCAGAGAAAAUGCUUUUGAAAAGUAAAAGUAUGACCAUCCAGGAAUUUUUUUAAGUGCCAAUCUGAACAGCUGGAGAGCAGUUAA